GGUGGACGAGUCUGGAGCGGGGCAGAGCUUCCCUGUGGAAUGUAGGUUCUGUGUGAAUGAGCCUCGGACAUGAAGGAUGGCCAGCACUCCUGGGAAUCAGAAAGCCACACACUUGGAAAAUUCCCAAGGGAAGAAGUCCCAGCAUGCAGAAGAAGCCAUCUUUUACAUGAACUGCAGAGCAGCUUAUCUGACUGUCUUAAAAAGCAGCUUAGAAAACAUUAAAUCAAAAGAACAACUCAGUUUAGUACUUCAACAGGCUGGAAGAAAUCCUUCUCAGAAGACCAUUAACAAAUACUGGACUUCACAAACAACUUCACUGAAUUUUGAUGAUUUUUGUGCCAUUUUAAAAAAAGAAAAGCCAGCUACAAAAAAUGAACUUCUGGAGGCAUUUGGAAAACUAGACACAAAUAAGGCUGGAUAUAUUUUACAUGAUGAACUUUGUAAAAUUCUUACAACAAGAGGUGAUAAAAUGACCUGGGAGGAAGUGACCAGCAUUAUUAAACAAGCUGAUUUCAACUGCAGUGGCAAGCUUGACUACAACAAGUUCUGUAAGCUGUACCUGACCACCAGUGAGCAGUGCUGCAAAGCUGCAAGGGACAGGCUGGAAAUGGAUCCCAAAUUGAGGCAGCAGCACUUUGGGAAUCAAACUGAAAAUUUCUCUGAAGGGAUCUCACUGCCAGGGUCAAAACCAUCCCCAAGGGUCUCCAGGAAAACUGAUCACAAACUGCCUAAAGCUGACAGCAGAGCUCCUUCAAGACCUUCAUCAGCUCAAAGCAACAAAGCUUCCACCUCCAGCACUGUCACUGUGGGUGCCAGCAGCAGCAGGAACACCAAGCUAAUUAUUGAGCCUGACACAAUGAAGGAAUGGCAACGUGCACAAUGCAAAGGCUGCUUCUACCUGGAGGAAGAUGGGGAAAUCAUCAGUCACAAGUACAGGCUGCACUUAGCCCAAAGAUCUGCACUUUGUGUCACCAUCAAACCCUUCCAUAUUCCCCAGGCAGAAGGGAAAUCUUGUCACUGGUUGUCAGUGGACACAGCUUUGUUUAUUCUGAAGGAAAAUGAAACCCAAGAGAAUCUACAGCUUGUGAGCUUUACUGAACUCCAAAACAAAGAGAUGUUUGGCUGGAGAGGGGAGCUUGGAGCUGGGAUUUACUGGCUGCUCCCUUUCACAACUGGCUGCAGGCUGAGAAAGGAAAAAACCCAAAUUUCUGGAGAAGCCAAACUGGUGUGGAGGGAUGAAGAUGGAGAGCUGGCUCUUACCAAAGAAUUCCAAGCUGCUUUGUUGGAUAUAUUUGAAACAAUUGAUUUGGAUGGGAAUGGCCUCCUGAGUCUGGAGGAAUACAACUUCUUUGAGCUGAGGACUAGUGGGGAGAAAUGUGAUCAGGAAGCCUGGGCUGUGUGUAAGGAAAAUUUUGAGAUGAAGAAGAACGAGCUAACAAGACAAGGAUUUCUGGAUUUGAAUCUCAUGGAAGCCAACGACCGGGAUGGGGAUCCUUGGGACCUUUGGGUCACUUUGUUGUCCCUUGGCUACAACAAAGCUUUAGAAAUGACAGAGGCCUGCCCCUUUGUCAUUGACUUGUGUGCAGAGAGGUGCAAGCCCAGAAUUAAAGCCAUUUCUCUGGAGGCAGGGGGCUCCCAGCUCAGCAGGGCUCUCUGCAGGUCUGUGGUUAAUAAAGGAGAGGCCAAAGUUCUGGAUGGCUCUGAGAACAUCUUCAUCUACACCUACAGAUCAGGCAGCAGAAUCACCUCUGUGAUUGAAAAUAAGUCUGAAAACAAAGUGAUAAUUCAUGUCAACAAUGAGCAGAGUAAGAACUGCCUAAACAAUAGGGGACUGACAGUUUUUGCUGUGGAAGUGGCUCCAAAAUCAAUGAUGGUCUCUCAGCACGUGAUGGCCCUGAAUGAGCAGGAAGAGUGGAUUUACAGCUGUGUUCACUCCCUUGUGUGUUAAACCUCCCAGUGCCAAGGCUGGGAGCAGCCAGAC